AUGCGGGGUCAGGAUGCGGGUGGGGGGAAGGGGAGAUCAGAGGGGGAGGGGGAAGGGAAAAGGGGGAGGGGGACGGCGGCGGCGGCGAAGCUUGGAGCCGACUCUGCCUCGUCUGCCUCUGCCUCGCCGCCUCGACGCCUCUGCCUCGUCGCUUCUACCUCGCCGCCUCGUCACCUCUGCCUCGCCGUUUCGCCGCCUCUACCUCGCCGCCUCUGCCUCGCCGUUCUGCUUUUUUGCUUUCUUGGUGGUGGUGGUGGUAGUGCUGGUGGUGCUGGUUGUGGUGGUGGUGCUGGUUGUGGUGCUGGUUGUGGUGGUGGUGUUGGUGUUGGUGGUGGUGGAGGUAAUUGUGUUGGUAGUGUUGAGGGUAUUUUUGUCCAAAAAAAUUAA